AAAACCCACUUCCACAUAAACAGAGGCAACGCACCGAGCUGAGGACGCUCACCAUCAUCAUCCUCCUCCUCCUCCUCCUCACAGCUGAAGAUGGCGGACCCGGCCGAGUGCACCAUCAAAGUCAUGUGCCGUUUUCGGCCUUUAAACGGUUCGGAGGUGAUGAGGGGAGACAAAUACAUCCCCAAAUUUCAAGGAGACGACAAUGUGGUCGUCGGGAGAUUUUUUCUUUGAUUGUCAUAUGUGUUUGAUCGGGUGUUUCAGUCUAACACUACUCAGGAGCAGGUUUACAACGCUUGUGCUCAGAAGAUUGUAAAAGAUGUGCUUGAGGGUUAUAAUGGUACAAUAUUUGCUUAUGGGCAAACUUCCUCUGGAAAAACACACACAAUGGAGGGGAACCUGCAUGAUCCAGAUGGCAUGGGCAUUAUUCCACGGAUCGUCCAGGAUAUAUUCAACUACAUUUACUCUAUGGAUGAAAACCUGGAAUUUCAUAUCAAGGUCUCCUAUUUUGAGAUUUACCUGGACAAGAUCAGGGAUUUGCUGGAUGUAUCUAAAACCAACCUGUCUGUACAUGAAGACAAGAACAGAGUUCCUUAUGUAAAGGGUUGUACUGAACGGUUUGUGUGUAGCCCAGAGGAAGUGAUGGACACUAUUGAUGAAGGCAAAUCCAACAGACAUGUGGCUGUCACAAACAUGAACGAGCACAGCUCCAGGAGUCACAGUAUCUUCCUGAUAAACGUCAAGCAAGAGAACACACAGACGGAGCAGAAACUGAGCGGGAAACUCUUCCUGGUGGAUUUAGCAGGAAGCGAGAAGGUCAGUAAAACUGGAGCAGAGGGUGCUGUGUUGGAUGAAGCCAAAAACAUUAACAAAUCUCUUUCCGCUCUGGGCAACGUCAUCUCUGCUCUGGCUGAAGGAACGACGUACGUUCCCUACAGAGACAGUAAGAUGACGAGGAUCUUGCAGGAUUCUCUGGGUGGAAACUGCAGGACCACUAUAGUGAUCUGCUGCUCUCCAUCCUCUUUCAACGAGGCAGAGACCAAAACUACGCUCAUGUUUGGACAGAGAGCAAAGACCAUCAAGAACACAGUGUGUGUGAAUGUGGAGCUGACAGCUGAGCAGUGGAAGAAGAAAUAUGAGAAGGAGAAAGAGAAGAACAAGACGCUAAAGAACACCAUCACCUGGCUGGAGAACGAGCUCAACCGCUGGAGGAACGGUGAGAGUGUUCCCACUGAGGAGCAGUACGAUAAGGAGAAGGCAAACGCUGAUGUUCUAGCCCUGGAUAAUGUGAUGAAUAAUGAUAAAUUCACCUCGUCUCCCAGCAUGCCCGGCCUUAAAUUCACUGACGCUGAGCGUGAUAAGUGUGAGGCUGAAUUGGCCAAACUCUUCAAACAGCUUGAUGACAAGGAUGAUGAGAUAAAUCAGCAGUCUCAGCUGGCUGAGAAACUCAAGCAGCAGAUGUUGGAUCAGGAAGAGCUGCUGGCCUCAACGCGAAGGGACCAUGACAACCUGCAGGCGGAGCUCACCCGUCUUCAGAUGGAGAACGAGGCGUCUAAAGAGGAGGUGAAGGAGGUGCUGCAGGCCCUGGAGGAGCUCGCAGUUAACUAUGAUCAGAAGAGUCAGGAGGUGGAGGACAAGACCAAGGAGUUUGAAGCCCUGAGUGAAGAGCUCAACCAGAAAUCUGUGAUUUUUGUGUAUAUCGACUCUGAGCUGCAGAAACUGAAGGAAAUGACCAACCAUCAGAAGAAGAGAGUCACUGAGAUGAUGUCAUCACUGCUUAAAGACCUGGCAGAGAUUGGCAUCGCCGUAGGCAGCAAUGACAUUAAGGUGAAAAGGCAAAAGGGUCUCAUUGAUGAAGAGUUCACAGUGGCUCGUCUGUACAUCAGUAAGAUGAAGUCGGAGGUGAAGACUCUGGUGAAGCGCAGCAAACAGCUGGAAAGCGCUCAGGCUGAGAGCAACAAGAAGAUGGAUGAGAACGAGAAAGAGCUUGCAGCCUGCCAGCUCCGUAUCUCUCAGUAUGAAGCAAAGAUCAAGUCCCUGACAGAGUAUCUGCAAAACAUUGAACACAAGAAGAGACAGCUAGAGGAGAAUGUUGACUCUCUCAAUGAGGAACUGGUCAAACUCAGUGCACAGGAGAAAGUUCAUGCCAUGGAGAAGGAGAAUGAGAUACAAAGUGCUAAUGAAGUCAAGGAUGCAGUUGAUCAGCAGAUUCAGAACCACAGAGAAGCUCAUCAGAAACAGCUGAGCAGCCUGAGAGACGAGCUGGAGACCAAGGAGAAACUCAUCACUGAACUGCAGGAUCAGAACCAGAAGAUCAUGCUGGAGCAAGAGCGCUUGAAGGUGGAGCAUGAGAAACUCAAAACCACUGACCAGGAGAAGAGCCGCAAACUGCACGAGCUCACGGUGAUGCAGGACAGAAGGGAACAGGCCAGACAGGAUCUCAAAGGCCUGGAGGAGACAGUGGCCAAAGAGCUGCAGACUCUUCAUAACCUGAGGAAACUCUUUGUUCAGGAUCUGGCCACACGGGUGAAGAAGAGCGCAGAGAUGGACUCAGAUGACACCGGUGGCAGUGCGGCGCAAAAACAGAAGAUCUCGUUCCUUGAGAACAACCUUGAGCAGCUCACUAAAGUGCACAAGCAGCUGGUGCGUGAUAACGCUGACUUGCGCUGUGAGCUGCCCAAGCUGGAGAAGCGCCUGCGGGCGACAGCGGAGCGUGUAAAGGCUCUGGAGUCUGCACUCAAAGAGGCCAAAGAGAAUGCAGCCCGUGACCGCAAACGCUACCAACAGGAGGUGGACCGCAUCAAAGAGGCCGUCAGAGCCAAGAACAUGGCCCGCAGAGGACAUUCGGCACAGAUCGCCAAGCCAAUCAGACCCGGUCAGCCCCCUGUCGCCUCUCCCACCCACCCCAAUGUCAACCGCUCAGGGGCGGGGCUCUUCCAGAACAACCAAUCAGUGGGCAUCCGUGGUGGAGGCGUAGUCAAACAGUAAAAUAACUGUUGAAUGCUGAAUUUAACCCUAGUAGCCCCAGCUGAAGAUGAUAUCACCCCAAAAAGCUGAACAGGCAUUCCACAGCACGGAAGGGUUCAAUACUAUACAUAUGAAAAUGAAUAUAAGUAUAUAUAUGUGUAUGAAACAUGAAAUACUAUCCCCGUCUGGGCUGUACAGAUGUUCCUCCAUUCUUAUCUCUUAUAUCUUCCCUUUAAAAAUAUAAAGAAAACUUAAAAAAAAAAAAAAAAGAAGACGGGCUUUUUGCACCAGUGGACACGUGUGUAACUAGCGUGUAUCUCUUCACUCUUGCACAGUAGGUUUCUGCUCACAUCCUGCUCUCCACAUCCCUCACUGUGCCAAGUUGAAUGUAUUACAAAAUUAAAAAAGUAAAAAAAAAAGGCAGAAAUUAAUGAAAAAAGGAACAAAAAAAACAAACAAACUGCUAGCUGCAUUAUUUUAGCCUUAUUUAUGUACGUUCACAUUUUGGGUUUGUUUAGAGAGUUAGCUUGUUCUCUCUUGCUUUGAUACAUUUCUGUUGAACAUUUCACCUAAAUACGUAUGUUAAACACUAAAACUGAACUGUGUAUAUAUGAACCAUUGAACUAGUUUUUGUAAUGAUGGACAUGUUCAGAAGAAAGAUUUAAAUUAUGAUGAAAGGGUCGUCUGAGAGUAGACAAACGAGAUGCAGUUCGAUGAAAUGACAACGAAAAGGCUGCUUAAUGUAGAUGAAUCUGAGCUGCAGGUAUAUUUAAAGCACUGUACGAACACAAAACGAGUAAUCAUUGUUACAGCAUAAAGACCUGUGUGUAUGUCACAGCCUGAGCUCUUAGAUGAGUUGUAGCUAGGUUAAAAAAAACAAUACUAAUGUCAUGUGCUCAUUUCAAUAUUUAUCUUCAGUUCUCACUGUUUAAACAGGUAGAGUUUGUCGUAUCGAUGCUGCUCUGUAGCUCAGUAAUCAUGUGUGUGGAUUUUUCCGCGUAGUUUUUCCAACAAUAUUCCCAGGCAGGUUUGCGGUUACAUUGUUUUUCAUAGGCAGGGAACCAAAGCUUUUAAUUUUAGAGAUUGUUGUCCCAACAAUGAACACUUACAUUAUUAUUUAUUCAUCCACAUGUCGUUCCAAACCUGUUAGACUUUCCUUUCAUUCUACACGAAAGGAUAUCAGCACUUUUUAAUUUUUACCAGGGUUUUUUUUUUUUUUUUUUGUAAUUAAAAGGCAUAGACAUGGACAUUUUCAAGCUCCAGAAUAUCACAAAAUACCAUUGAGAUAUUUUAUUCCAUGUCUUCUGAAAUCAAAUAGAAAAUUAAAGUCAUUAUUCACUUCAGAUCUUGCCCUUCAUGCCUCUAAAAUCUCAUUAGCUUUGUCAUUUGAUUGAGAUGUAAUGCCAUUUGGCGUCAUUGACCUCAAACCUGCCACAACAUGACUUUAUGCAUUAUAUGAGCAAAUUAGUUUUUCAUAGGUUGUCUUAUUUCUUUGUUAUUGCCGCCCCUUUUCACUACUUGUUUUCAUUUUACAGAAAAGCUAAAUUUAUUAGGGUUUGGGACUGCUUGAGAGUGAGUAAAUGAUGACAAAAGUUUCAUAUUUGGGUGUGUUAAGCGAUUCUUGACUGUGGAAAUGAACACAUCCCGCCCUUGUCCCCUUUAGAGACACCCUCUUAAUGGUUAAUUUUACACUUUGUAUAGUGUAAUUUUGUGUUUUUGUUGGAGCGAGGUUUGUGCAAUGGUCAGACAGCCAUUGAAGUCACAAUAUUCCUACACUCCUGAGUGUUUACCUUUUGAUUUGAUUUGUGUUUUGAUACAGUUAAGUCCAUUAUAGGGUCCAUAUUUUAAAGUUUUGCGAUUGAAUCUUCAGUGGUUUGAGCAUUGCAAACAACCCAGGAAACCCACACAUCAUUUAGUUCUGGCGAUUGUGGUUUUGGUUGCCUUGUGAUUUUGUGUUUGCUUAUAUAGACCUGCUGAUUGGCUCUCUACAGUUCCAAUGCUUUUCAUUCAGCACAACGUUACUGCCUUUCAUUGACUAAUGUUAAUGGGUGGGGCCUAUUUGAUGGUGGGUGGGGUUUAUUUAAUCAUUUUAGGUCAUGUUUUCAUUUUGUUGCACUUGCGACUAGGUAAUAAAGUUUUAUUUAUUUCUGUUAUAUUAUAGAAUAGGAAUUUUGCUGUUCAUUUUCUUUUGUUGAUCUUUUUUAAGUUUAUGACAAGUAUAUGUAGAUUCCAGUGUACUUGGUUUCCAUUGUCCUCUGUUUUUCCAUGUAUUUGGAUCCAGAUCCUACUAGGUGUCCUGUGUAAAUGACUGUAGUACUGUAGUAGCAGGGGGGUAUUGAAGAUGGUGUUUUACGACCUUCUGUGUGCAAUAUGAGUCUGGUGUAGUGCAAGUUUCUCAGUACUGAAGAAAAGCGACGGAGAGCAAUUGAAAACCGCACUCAACAGUCCUCCCAUUUUAUUUCAUCGUUUAAUGCUCAUUUGUCUAACGCUUGUCUUGUUCGCUGAAUUUAAUCUUUUAAAAGCACUUUAAAAUGUUACCAUCUCAUUUGAAAAACGCACUUGUUGAAAAUGGAAAUUUGCAUCUCAGACAUUGAAUUCCUCACUGAAUUUUAUAAUUAUUGUUAAUGAGGAGCUUCUGCAGGAGGUCAUGUGAUUUGAAGACUGUGUCAUUAUUGUUUUUUUGUAUUUUGUUUUGCCUUGAAUCUGCAAAACACUCCAUUUAAAUGGCUCUAAUGGAAAGAUGUAAUGGUGAUCAGAAAAUGUGUACAGUUGGUUCUUCAGCGUGUGUAGAUUGAAUUGCUGUGUAUAUUUCCUUUAGUCGCUUACUGUAGGCAAGUUUUCACCCCUUGACAUGAAACACAAAUAAAGUAUAGGGUAAAACACA